AUGUGGAGCGCCAAGGCGUGGUGCGUGGUGCGGCUGACCCAGGCGCCCUACCAAGCGAGUGGCUAUAGUGUGUUUCGGAAUGUGAAGGAAUACGGCGCGAAAGGCGAUGGAGUGAGCGACGACACCAACGCGAUCAACCGCGCGAUUGCGGACGGUGCACGGUGCGGCAAAGAGGCCGACAGCUGCACGAUCGCGCCGGCGUUGGUGUACUUCCCGAGCGGCGUGUAUCGAAUCGCACGGCCGAUCGUAUCGUUUUACAAUACGCAUAUGCUAGGCAGCGCGUCGCAGCGUCCGGUCCUCUCUCCGCUGCCGCACUUUGAGGGAAUUGCCGUGAUCGACGAGAACCCCUACGAGCCAGGCGGACGAAACUGGUACAUUCCCCAGAACAACUUUUUUCGGUCGGUCGCGAACUUCGUGAUCGACCUGACGAGCAUGCCGCCGACGGUGGGGACCGGUAUCCACCACCAGGUGAGCCAGUCGACCGGCCUGAGCAAUGUGCACUUUGAAAUGGUAAAAGGCGCACAUUCGCAGCAGCAAGGCAUUUUCAUGGAAAAUGCAAGCGGGGGAUUCAUGUCGGACCUCUCGUUUGUUGGCGGCAAAUUUGGCGCGUGGCUCGGUAACCAGCAGUUUACCGUGCGCAACGUUUCGUUCCGGCAUUGCCAGACGGCCAUCUGCCAGUUUUGGAACUGGGCAUGGACGUACAUGGAUGUGCGCAUCGAAGACUGCCAGGUCGGCCUCGAGACGCACCAAAUGUUGCCUGACAGGCAGGGCGUAGGGUCCUUGAUCCUCUCGGACUGGGACGUGCGCCGCACCCCCGUGGCUGUACAGCUCGAGGCAGCGUCUUCAGGACGUCUUCUUCUGGACGGCAUGCAUACGGCACAUGUGCCUGCUAUCGUGCAAGUGCGAGGCGGCGAGACGUUGCUUGCGCCGCCGCACGAGCAACGGGACACGUUCAAUGUAGCCAUGUGGGUCAAGGCGCCGGUCGUGCAUGACGUUGCCAACACGCUGGACCUCCCUGCCAAGGACCAGGCGUACGCUGGCAACAUGCCGAUCGCGCCGCAGCGCCCUGCAUGCCUCGUGGACAAGGACGGAAAGUGGUUCGGUCAGGAAAAGCCCCAAUACACUUCGGCUUCGCGCGAUUACAUUGUGAGCGUUCGCGAUGGCGGCGCAAAGGGCGACGGCGUGUCAGACGACCGUGACGCGCUUCAGACCGUUCUCGAUCAGAACAAGGGGCGCAUCGUAUUUGUCCCGUACGGCAUCUAUGUCGUACUCGAUACACUGCACAUUCCGGUGGGAACGAGGCUGCUAGGCGAGGCACAGCCCGUCAUUCUCGGCGCUGGGGAGCGUUUCCGGGACGAGCACCAUCCUCGGCCUGUCGUCCGUGUCGGUCAUCCCGGCGACAGUGGCGAGCUGGUCAUUUGCGAUAUGCUCUUUAGCACGCGGGGGCCUGCAGGCGGCGCCGUCGUCAUGGAAUGGAAUGUGCACGAAUCCUACCAAGGCUCAGUCGCCAUGUUUGACUCGCACAUCCGUAUCGGUGGAGCGCGCGGAACGGAUUUGGAGCUCGAGACAUGCGGAAAAAAGCGCUCUUUGGACGAGCUUCCUCGUGCAAGCUUCCUCAACCUGCACAUUACGCCAUCUGCCAGCGGCUAUUUCCAAAACGUGUGGAUUUGGACAGCAGAUCACGAACUGGACCAAGGUGCGCCGGAGCAGAUCAACAUCCUGAGUGCGCGUGGCGUCUUGAUCGAGGCACGGCAAGGGCCUGUGUGGAUGUAUGGCACGGCGAGUGAGCACGAGCUGCUCUAUCAGUACUCGCUGGUCAAUGCUAAAAAUGUCCUACUGGCCAUGAUCCAGACCGAGACGCCGUACUUUCAAGGCCGUGCAUUUGCGCUUGCAUCCGAGUGCGCCGAGCGAAGCACUGUGUAUCCCGACCCAGACUUGGCGAGAAAGUAUACGCAGGCGCCUUCCUUACCUUCUCAGCCCUACGUCGCGUCUCAGGAGGACCGUGCGAUGGGGAUCCACAUUGAGCAAUGCGCCCAGAUCUAUGUCCUCGGCGCCGGGCUCUACUCGUUCUUUGACUCGUACGCCCAGGAUACCUUGCCGGCCCAUGCGUGCCAACGUCGCGUGUGCAAUAUCGAUGAAGACGGCUCAUCCGAAGAAGUUUGGCUCUUUCACCUUGCUACCGUCGGCUCGGAGGUACUCGUAACACUGCGCGGUGAGGACCAGCUCUUGGAAGGACCGCACCGCGAAGGAUUCUGCAGCACACUCUCGCUGUGUGCUGUCCGACCAGCAGCCGCGAAAGGCAAGGACAAAAUAUUCCUGUAG